AUGGCUGAAUACACUCUCCCCCAGGCGACGAAGAACAUGGAUCAAGCGAUCCGCUGCAUUGAGAUGCACACCACCGGCGAACCCACUCGCAUCGUAUAUGCUGGCUAUCCGGCACUCAGCGGUACUCUCCUGGAGCAACGCGCUCUCGCUAGUGAGAAGUAUGACCAUCUCCGACGCAGGCUCAUCUUGGAACCUCGCGGCCACAGGGAUAUGUACGGUGCUGUCUUGCGCCAGUCAACAGAGCUCGUUGAUGCCGGGUUAGCCGAUAUCGGCGUGAUCUUUAUGACCAACGACGGGUAUUCAAACAUGUGCGGGCAUGCUACCAUUGCUCUGGGUCGCUUUUUAAUAGAUACGUUCGAGGUGACCAUCUUUCCCAAGCGAAAAGCCUUGCAGGUUACUCCUGCUGGGACUCUGAUUCGACUACACGCCCCAUCUGGCAUAGUUGAGGUGACAGUCCAGACACUUCAGGACGGACGAUCAGAUCCCUCAAAGCCAGUGUCGUUUUUGUCUGUUCCGUCGUUUGCCACCGGGUGGGAUAUUCGCAUUACAGUGCCGCCGGAAAGAAGAUGGCAUGUCGGCCGAGAGGUGGAGACGGUGUCUGUCAACUUUGCAUAUGGCGGCGCCUUCUUCUGUAUGGUAGAUGCUCGCAGGCUUUACAGUUCAGGGCAGAAGGCGACACUGGCGGGUGAUGAUCUAAAGGCCCUCGAGGAGGCAGCGUUUGCCAUUAGGGACCUGGUCAACGAGGAUAAAGAGCUUCGUAAAUUCGUGACCUUGCCGAACAGUGAUAACCAGGGCCUGGGCAUGCUCUACGCGAUCGUUGUGGUGUUUGACGGAUUGGGCAAACCUGAGCCUGGGACGGCGAGCGUUGAGACUGGUCUAUGUUUCUUUGACAACCAUCAGAUUGACAGAUCUCCCACUGGAAGUGCCGUCUGUGCUCGUAUGGCACUAGCACAUGCGAGGGGAGACAUUGCUUUGGGAGAGGCACGGACCUAUCAUUCCCUGGUCUCAAAUAGCCAUGAAGGACAAGGAGCGUUUAUUGCCAGGAUUGUGGAGGGGAAGACCGACGGGCUUCGUGUUCAGCUUGGUGGCCGAACUUACUACACCGGUUCCCACGUCUUUGUGCACGAACCGAGCGAUUACAUCUGCGAGGGCUUCAUGCUGGAUACUCUCCGCGGCUGGCAAGGUGAUUAA